UAGAUCUGUCUGCCCCGGUGGAGGAUUGCGGGGAGCCAGCCUAGCUGCGUCCCCAGGUUGACAGAUGGGCUGUGGGCACACUCUGGCUUCUCGGCCCUGCCUUGGGGCCACAACGUCAGCCAGGAAGUUGAGUGCCAUCGCCCAUUCCUCUGAUUUUACAGAGGAGGAAACCGAGGCCCAAGGUUGUCCAGCAGCUAAUAUGCAAAGCUCAUGGAGCCUGCAGGUGUAGAGCAAGCAGGACCCACAGCGCUGCAUUUGCUCUACAAUUCUGGCUGUACUGCCCACAGCUUGGGUAACACGGGCCUCCUGGGAACAUGGCAGACGAAGACCUCAUUUUCCGCCUGGAAGGUGUUGAUGGUGGCCAGACCUCCCAGGCUGGUCAUGACGGUGAGUCCGAGGCAGACAGCGACGAUGAGGAAGGUUACUUCAUCUGCCCCAUCACUGAUGAUCCCAGGUCACACCAGGAUGUCAAUUCCAAGGUUAAUAACUACUACAGCAACCUAACAAAGAGUGAGCAGUAUGGCUCCAGUGGGUCCCCGGCAAGCUCCUUCCAUUUUAAGGAAGCUUGGAAGCAUGCGAUUGAGAAGGCCAAACACAUGCCUGACCCCUGGGCUGAGUUCCACCUGGAAGAUAUUGCCACGGAAUGUGCCACACGUCACAGGUACAAUGCUGUCACUGGGGAAUGGCUGGAAGAUGAAGUUCUGAUCAAGAUGGCAUCUCAGCCCUUCGGCCGUGGAGCAAUGAGGGAGUGCUUCAGGACAAAGAAGCUCUCCAACUUUCUGCACACUCAGCAGUGGAAAGGAGCCUCCAACUACGUGGCAAAGCGGUACAUUGAGUCUGUGGACAGGGAUGUGUACUUUGAGGAUGUGCGUCUACAGAUGGAGGCCAAGCUCUGGGGAGAGGAGUAUAAUCGACACAAGCCCCCCAAGCAGGUGGACAUCAUGCAGAUGUGUGUGGUAGAGCUGAAAGACAGACCAGGCAAGCCGCUCUUCCACCUGGAGCACUACAUCGAGGGCAAAUACAUCAAGUACAACUCCAACUCAGGCUUUGUUCGCGAUGACAACCUGCGUCUGACACCACAGGCCUUCAGCCACUUCACAUUUGAGCGUUCUGGGCAUCAGCUGAUUGUGGUAGACAUCCAGGGUGUGGGCGACCUCUACACUGACCCACAGAUCCACACCGAAAAGGGCACUGACUUCGGAGAUGGCAACCUAGGUGUCCGGGGGAUGGCGCUUUUCUUCUACUCUCAUGCCUGCAACCGGAUUUGCAAGAGCAUGGGCCUAGCUCCCUUUGACCUCUCACCCAGAGAGAGGGACACAGUGAAUCAGAACACCAAGCUGCUGCAGUCCGCCAAGACCAUCUUGAGGGGGACAGAGGAAAAGUGUGGGAGCCCCCGAGUCAGGACCCUCUCUGGGAGUCGCCCUCCCUUGCUCCUUCGCCUUUCAGAGAACUCUGGAGAUGAGAACAUGAGUGAUGUGACCUUUGACUCUCUCCCUUCCUCCCCAUCUUCGGCCACACCACACAGCCAGAAACUGGACCACCUCCAUUGGCCUGUGUUCAGCGACCUUGACAGCAUGGCAUCCAGAGAGCACGACCAUCUGGACAACCACCGGGACUCUGAGAACAGUGGAGACAGUGGAUACCCCAGUGAGAAGCGGGGUGAGCUGGAUGACCCAGAGCCCCGAGAACAUGGCCACUCAAACGGUAACCGGAAGUACGAGUCAGACGAAGACAGCCUGGGCAGCUCUGGACGGGUCUGCGUGGACAAGUGGAAUCUCCUCAACCCCUCCCGCCUCCACCUGUCAAGACCUUCUGCUGUGGCCCUGGAAGUGCAAAGGCUUAAUACUCUGAACCUUGAAAAGAAAAUCGGGAAGUCCAUUCUGGGGAAGGUGCAUUUGGCCAUGGUGCGCUACCAUGAGGGUGGACGCUUCUGUGAGAAGGGCGAGGACUGGGACCGUGAGUCAGCCGUCUUCCACUUGGAGCACGCAGCCGACCUGGGCGAACUGGAGGCCAUCGUGGGCCUGGGGCUCAUGUGCUCACAGCUGCCCCACCACAUCCUGGCUGAUGUCUCUUUGAAGGAGACAGAAGAGAAUAAGACCAAAGGAUUCGAAUACUUACUGAAGGCAGCUGAAGCUGGCGACAGACAGUCCAUGAUCCUGGUGGCUCGGGCUUUUGACACCGGCCAGAAUCUCAGCCCAGACAGGUCCCAGGACUGGCCAGAGGCUCUGCACUGGUACAACACUGCCCUGGAGAUGACAGACUGUGAUGAGGGCGGCGAGUAUGAUGGGAUGCAAGAUGAGCCUCGGUACAUGCUGCUGGCCCGGGAGGCUGAGAUGCUGUUCAUCGGUGGCUGUGGGCUAGCGAAGGACCCACAGAGAUCAGGCGACUUGUACACGCAGGCAGCCGAAGCGGCGAUGGAAGCCAUGAAGGGCCGGCUGGCCAACCAGUACUACCAGAAGGCGGAGGAGGCCUGGGCGCAGAUGGAGGAGUAGCUUGCCCGGGAAAUCACUGCCGGCCAGCCCCGCGCAAGAGGGCUAAGACGGGGCGGGGGAGGGAGAAGACUUAUUGACUUAUCUGGGGUUUUUUUGGCGAGGAAGGGCAAGUAUUUUUAGUGUGCUGUAAAUUAACUUUUGUAUUUUGUUUUUUGACUCUUGAAAAUGUCUUUUCUACGAGUGGAGACACUUAGUUGUCCUUUGGGGCAGCAUCUUGGGGAGCAGGAAUUGAAAAAGCAGCCUAAUGAACCAACAUAUGGUUUUAAGGGUUUUUUUUGUUUUGUUUUUUUGGGUUUUUUUUGGGGGGGGGUUGGUCAUGUGAUCUAAGAAAAUACAUUACCACCAUGGAUAAAAAAUUAGGGCUUUGCUCACCGGCUGUUUCAGGCUGUACUGAAAUGAAAUCUCAGGUCCACAGAAUUUGUAUCCUGAGUUGUGAUGGGGAAGGUAGAGCUGCACAUCAACUUUCCAUGGGGUGUGUGUUUUCAUGACUGAGUGCCAAGCCUUAAUUCUCAGAGCAUUUGGAAGCAUGCAUGGCAUUGUUCUGUGGAUAUGAGAUUGCACGGUACCCGGCCCCCUUCUGCUGGUGGCAAAGGCCCGCCCACUGACCCUUUGCUAAUCUUUUAGUUUAAUUUCCUUCCCGAGUGCAACUGAUUUUCUGGAAUACAGCCAAAUUCCGUUUUGUAGCAUGACUUCUACAGUGGGUUUUAUAAAACAGGUUUGAUUUUUUGUAUGCACAUGUUUACUACCUCUAACUUAUCCAUCAGCUAGUGUGGAAUUGGGUGCGCCUCAACCUUUUAUAUGUAAGAACAGCAAUUUGGAAUUGGAGCCUUUCCUCCAAGCAGACAUAGUCUGCAUCUCAGCGGCAGCAUCCACCGUGUAACUGAAGUGUCUUUGUACGGUGUUUCUCUGUGUUUUCUUAGCAUCUCACGUUGGUAUGUAGGCUCUGUUCCCCAGCCCCUGUCCUUGCCAUUUUCUGUUUGAAGUUGGGCUGAUUUUCUUGUAAAUUGCAGCAGUAAGAGUUCAGCAGCAGCCCCUUGAGAUUUAUCCAAGAUGUUUGAGGAUGAGAGGGCAAGAACUCUAAACACUCAUUAAUUCCAGUAGUUUCCCCAGGGCCAGGCUGCGUCUCUCUGUACUUAAUGAGCUUUCCCUUUAAAAGGAAUAAGACUUAAUAUGACUCAGCUGGUGUGUCAAAGCAAACACACUGCUUUGAUCGAGCCCAAGUGCCAAAGCAGCCUCUCUUUCUGUGUUUAAAAAUGAAAACAUAAAAAAGCAGAAUAUGACAUACAGACCGUUCUUAUCUAUUAAAACAGCUCUUUCAACACAUUACUGUUAAGUGCUGUGGAUGGCCUGGAUAGAUAGCUAAGCAAAUGCUUAUUGAGGAGUCAGUGAACCUGUGUAUGCAUUGUGUUCGAACUGCAGACUGUGCCCUAGGGGAAAAAAAAUCAAACAUACUCAGAAUUACCCUUGAAAAAUAUCCUUUAAACCACCUGUAAAUUACAGUAUCCCUCAUUUUUGUGUGGGUUCACCACAACUGGCUUCAUUUAUGAGUUGGGACUAAUCACCCUGUUUUCAUUUGUACUCAAUCAAGAAGUUGGCUUGCAUUAGGUUUUUUGUUUGUGUGUUUUAAACCAGUGCAUAUAGUUAAAUUGCAUAUGGUAAAUGUACAUGAGAAGCAGCUUGCUUGUGACUUAUCUCUUACCUCUGGUAAAGGGCCUGAUAGUAAAUAUUGUAGGCUUUGUAGGUCCAUAUGGUCUCUGUUGUAACGACUCAGCCCUGGUGUUAUAGUGAAGAAACACCCGGGAACAGUACCUAAAUGAAUGAGCUUGGCUGAAAUUCCAAUGAAACUUUAUUUACAAAAAUAGCCUGCCCAGGCAGUAGUUUGCUGACUCCCACUCUAAUCCUUGACAAAGGGUUACUCUGAAGGCAAAAGCUAUCUCAGUUUUUCAGCUUUCAGUGCUCAAAAACACAGUGCUUUGGCAAAGUAGUCACUCAAUAAAUGUGUGAGCAAAUGGAGAACCAACCCUAGUCAGCACCUAAUCCAUGGCUCUGAUUUCUUUCAACCAGUUAAUGACUUGUCUGAAUUGGCUUUCAGUGUCACUCCUCCAGUUCCAUCCACCCACCUCUAUGGCCUUAACUCAGCUAGCUUCUCUUCCAGGAGGCUGGGAUGGCCUGGAUAGAUAGCUAAGCAAAUGCUUAUUGAGGAGCAGUGAGAGUACAAUGAUCUGCAAAAUACCAAGAUCCUGAGCCAGUAGGAGAACUUACCCCACCUUCGAAACCUAGUUUUGUGUCUGCUAAAGGUGGUUAGGGCAUCUUUUUUGUUUCAGAUUCUGGGCAUGCAAAAGACAGAGAACCCCAGGACAUUCCAGCCUAAUUGGGAAGACAUCAGAGACCAUCUUCAAGUGCAAGGGGCAGGUGAAGGUCCAGAAGAUCAGCAGAGUCUGGGAUAUAGUCCCAUAUCUUCCAUCAUAGAUGGAGAAACCAAGGUUUUGAAAGAUAAGACUCUCGCUGUGACCCUGCUGGUUAGCAGCUAGCUGCAGCUAAGAUUUGAAAGCUGCUGUUAUUUAGAGGAUCCUGGGAAUAAAAGUUAAAAUUAAUCUAGAGUAUAAUGUCCCUUUCAGUUUUGCUAUAGGUUUUGUUUCUUUUUUUUAAAGCAGACUUUUUGGAUGUAAGGAGGGAAAAACCAUCCCCAACCCCAGUGCAUCUGAAUAUCCCUUCCCAUCCCCUCCCCUGGGGCACUGUGGGAAUUCAUCAUCAAAUGCAAACUUGGGGAACCAAGCCAGGUAAAUCACCCUGGUUGCUAUCUUAGUGACUUCCUUUCAUCCCAACACAUUUGUCUGCAGUACUGGAAAUGAUUUACAAAUCAACACGUUUACAAAGGUAUAUGCAGCUUAUGUGGGGGAAAGGGGACAAUAUGCAUUUUCUCUGCAUGGAUUUAUGCCUUUUACUCCUGUUUCUUGUCUCAAGGUAACCAUUUAACCAAAAUGAGGUGGAUCUUGGGUGGGGCCCAGAGGAAUGGCCUGUGUUAUAAAUUUAUUUUUGCAUAUGUACCAAGUUCCAUAUCGUCUUUUCAAAUAAAGUGGUUUCUUUCUUUCCAGUCUCAAAUACAAAUGACUCCUAGUAAUAAGGGACAAAGUGGCUGCCUGGAUGAAGUAGCUGUCUGGAGGGCCCAGGGUUCAUCUGAAAGGAGCAGGUGGGAUUCAGCUCCAAGUGAUUGUCACCAUGGGAAGUGUGUGGGCACAGUGUCACCCCAUUUUCCAGUCUUUCAAGAGCUGCUGAAAUUGGAUUUGUUAAUGCAAGGUCUCCUGAUUUUUAAUAUUUUUAAUAAAUUCUAGUUUUUAAAAAAA